AUGCGGCUGCUGUUCCUGGCGGUGCUGCGGCGGCACACGGGCAACGCGGUCACGGCCCAGCGCGUCCGGGUCCAUCUCGAGGCCGCCGGUCACGUGUGCAUUCUGAAAGAUGCCCUUGACUUUGAGAGCCCGGCGGAGAUCGCGAGCCUGGUCGAGGCCGACCGCGUGGACGCAGCCCUGGCCCUGCAUCUCUACAGGGGCGGCCGCCUUCUGCAAGGUCUGCACAUCCCUUUUGGCAUCAUCUUUGGUGGAACGGAUCUAAAUGAAGACGUGAACCAGGGAGAAAAGAACGAAGUCAUGGGGAGGGUCCUUGAGAAAGCCAGGUUCGCGGUGGCGUUCACAGAGGCCAUGAAGGAGGCGGCUCACCGGCAAUGGCCGCACGCUCGGGGCAAGAUCCACGUCCAGAGCCAAGGAGUUGCAGCUGUGCCGAACCCCACCUUUAGCUGGGACGCCUUUCUGGAGCGCUUGGGGAUCAGCCGCGGCGCGGACCGCCUGCACGUGUUCCUCCUGAUAUGUGGCCUGAGACAGGUCAAGGACCCCCUGUUCCUGCUGGACGCUUUCUCAGAAUGGCACCGAGAGGAGCCCAGUGUCUACAUGGUGAUCGUAGGCCCUGAAGUCGACCCAGUGUUCAGCAGGGCGGUCAAGGCCAAGGUGGAGAGGAGCGCGGGCGUCCGGCUGGUGGGCGAGAUGGCCCAGGCCGACCUCCACGCCGUGGUGAAGAACUGCUCCGCGCUGGUCAACAGCUCCAUCUCCGAGGGCAUGUCGGCAGCCAUCCUGGAGGCGAUGGCCCUGGAGGUCCCGGUGCUGGCGAGGCGCAUCCCGGGCAACACGGCCGUGGUGCAGCACGGAGUCACAGGACUGCUGUUCUCAGACCCGCAGGAGUUUGUCCACCUGGCGAAGCAGCUGGUGAGCGACCCCACCCUGGGGAAGGAGAUGGUGGCCCGCGGGAGGGAGUACGUGAGGGCGCGCCACUCCUGGCGGGCGGAGCGAGACACCUACCAGCACCUCGUCAGGACUCUGGAGCACGGCGCCCAGGACUAGGGAGCCCUGUGGCCCCGCGCCACCCCCGCGCCCAGCCUUGGGGUGCCCAGGGUCAGCUCCGGGUCACCGGUGACCCUGCAGUGCCAACCGCACAGUCCUGGGGGCCCACGCAGGCUGGGCCACCUGCCGGCUGCUGCUCAGUGCCACCUUCCCCGGGCCCUCCGGGGAGGGACGCGUUUCCAGGGAAUAAAGCGGCCCUGCCCGCGUG